AUGAAACUUUUCUUGAUUUCACUUUUGGCUCUUAUCGCUGUUGCUAGCGCUGGCCCAGCUAAGGUUGCUGAUAAUAAUGUUGGUGAUAUUGUAACUGUUGGAGUGAACGUGGAAGCAAAAGUGAAGAGUGAAAUCAACCAAGACAUCGUUAACAUCAUUGUCGCUUUGUUGAACGAUCAAGAAAUUCGACUUGGAGGGGGACCAAGUUUACCUAGACGAUCAGGCUUCUCUCCAGAAAUGAUUAACCAACUCAGAAGCUUGUUGGUGACACCAUAA